AUGCCAGAAGACAGUCAUCAAUACAAGGGACAAAAAAAACCGCGUUCUGCUGAGGGACUGGAAGAAAGGCUUUCGGGAAUACUAGUUUUAGACGAGAAAAGGAGCGAAUCGCAUGUGCGAAGGGGAAUCCUUGGCAUUGGAGUGGCAGUCGAACGACACUACACUGCUCCGAGCAUCAGCAGAUUGGAAACAAAUUCAUUUUAUCCUUCAAAUCCUGUCCUCACAUUCCAGCUUGCUUUAUUGUACCAUUUCCGUAUUUCGACAUUUUCGAAUGAUAUUUCGUCUUCCUACCGUACCAUCCAACCAUUACUUCCUAUUGUGAUGUUAGAACCGUAA